AUGCCGGCCUACAACUCCGUCUUCAACGCCUCCGAGCCGGCCCCGCGGCUGAUCGGCAACUUCCCUCUGUUCCCGCUGCGGACCAAGGUCCGAGGCCCCGUCUACCCGCUGCCGUUCCCGGAUCCGCCCCUGCCCGCGAACGAGUCGCCCGACCCGAGCUCGGAGAGCUACGACAUCCUGGACGAGGUGCUCGCGCUCUUCCGCGCCAACACCUUUUUCCGCAACUUUGAGAUUCAGGGCCCCGCCGAUAGGCUUCUCGUGUACGGCAUCUGGUUCGUGUCGGACUGUCUGAGCAAGAUCAAGCCGAAUGCGACCCUGCGGGAGGCGACCAAGGAUGUGACGAACCUCGCGUUGGACCUGAACUUUGCGAUCCCGGGGGACCCUGCGUUCCCUCUGAAUCAAAUGUAUGAGCCCCCCCGCGACAGGCAAGAUGCCGAGGUUCUCCGGCAGUACAUGUCGCAGGUAAGGCAAGAGCUUGCGUCACGGCUACUGGCGAGGGUAUACGACGAGGGCGAUGCCAAGCCUAGCAAGUGGUGGUUGAGCUUUACCAAGAGGAAGUUUAUGGGCAAGGGGCUGUAA